GGGCUUCCGGGGGCGGGGACGGAUUGGGGAUCCGGAAGGGGGCAGCACUUCCUUCUCCCCCCUCCCUCCCCCAGCCUAGACCCGGGCAGCAGCUGUGCGGGCCCCUUCCCCACAACCUGGGCGUCCUACCCAUCUCCACUGUGUAUCUGAGACGCAUAACGCUCCCGAGUGGGUCCCGAAAGCGCGGGCUGCGUCGGGCCUCAGUCAUUCGUCCUAGGGGGAGCGAAGGGAGCUCCCUGUCCUUACAGGUCCCCGAGACACCACAAUGUUCCUGGUUAAUUCAUUCCUCGGAGGUAAGGGCGGCGGCGGCGGCGGCGCGGGCCGCGCUCUCGGGGGGCUGCUCAGCGGCGGUGGCGGCGGCGGCGGCGGUGCUGGGGGCAUCGGCAAUGUCAUCGGGGGGCUGCUCAGCGGUGGCGGUGGCGGCGGCGGCGGCGGCGCUGGGGGAGCCAUGGGCUUCCUAGGAGGGGUCAUCAGCGCCAUCAGCGAGGCCGCAGCCAAUUAUAACCCAGAGCCCCCGCCUCCUCGAACCCACUUCUCUAACAUCGAGGCCAAUGAAAGCGAGGAGGUCCGACAGUUCAGGAGGCUGUUUACUCAGCUGGCGGGAGAUGACAUGGAAGUCAGCGCCUCGGAACUGAUGAACAUCCUGAAUAAGGUGGUGACUCGACACCCUGACCUGAAGACCGAUGGUUUCGGCAUUGACACCUGUCGGAGUAUGGUGGCUGUCAUGGAUAGCGAUACCACCGGCAAACUUGGCUUUGAGGAGUUUAAGUAUCUCUGGAACAACAUCAAGAAGUGGCAGGCCAUCUAUAAACAGUUCGACACAGACCGCUCGGGGACCAUCGGCAGCAACGAGCUUCCUGGCGCCUUUGAGGCUGCAGGUUUCCGGCUCAACCCAGAGCUGUACCAGAUGAUCAUUCGCCGCUACUCGGACGAGGACGGGAACAUGGACUUCGACAACUUCAUCAGCUGCCUGGUGCGCCUGGACGCCAUGUUCCGUGCCUUUAAGUCUCUGGACAAAGACGGGAGCGGCCAGAUCCGAGUGAACAUCCAGGAGUGGCUGCAGCUGACCAUGUACUCCUGAGGCCGGCCGCCGGAGCACCAAGAAGCCACCCCGUCAUUCGGCCCCCAGCGUGGGAGUCCUGUGGUCACCUCGGAACACUGACGUCGUCCCCAGCACCCCGUCUUCACCCUGACCGGCCCCUCCCCCAGGAUCCCCCAGCCCUCCCUCCUCUCCCUGACCGGCCCCUCCCCCAGGAUCCCCCAGCCCUCCCUCCUCUCCCUGACCGGCCCCUCCCCCAGGAUCCCCCAGCACCCCAUCAUUAUCCCCCUCCCCCAACAUACCACACGCUAUUCCCCCCCUUCCCAGCAUCCUGAACAGUCACGUGCUAACACGCCGGUGCCGCCCCCAGCCGCACCCCUGUAAGUCUGCCGUGCUCGGGCUCCCCCCACCCCACAGACGCAUCCUGUGCCCGCUCCUGCCAACACGUCACGCUAACCCGCGGCCCCCAGCGCCCCUGUAGGCCUGUCAUGUGCUAGCUCCUGGCUCCACCCAGCCCCCUGCAAGUGCAUGCAUGUGCUUUGCCAUGCUGGACACGCCGGCCCGGUGCCAUACCCUUUCCUCUUCCCUCCCCCCCAUCUAGUGCCUUUUCGGGUUCCCCUCAUGCUUCGGGCCCCUCCUGGGGGGGGUGCCUGGGGUGGGGGGGGCAGGGCCUUUGGGCUGCCCUAAAGCCCAUAAUAAACAGUGGUCACAAGA